CAAAAAACAUAACACAUUUACACAAGCUUUUCUAUACUCUUACUAAGCAAAAGUUGAUUAUUGAAUUUGAAGUAGUAGUAAUGGAUAGAGUGAAGGAUUUGGCAUCAAAGAAAGCUGCAGUUAUAUUCACAAAGAGUUCAUGCUACAUGUGUCAUAGCAUAACACAAUUGUUCUAUGAGCUAGGAGCAAGUCCUGCAGUGCAUGAGCUUGACAAUGAACCAUAUGGAAGAGAAAUGGAAAGGGCUUUAAGGAGUCUUGGAUGUAACCCUUCAGUUCCAGCAGUUUUCAUUGGUGGAAAAUUUGUAGGGUCAUCAAAAGAUGUGAUUUCUCUUCAUGUUGAUGGUUCUCUCAAACAAAUGCUCAUGGCUGCUAGAGCCAUUUGGUUCUAGUAAUAACUAAUUAAUAAAACUCCAAAAGAGCUAGGGUCAUGUAUACUCCAUAAUAGAAGUAUAUAUAUUUAUGAUGGAGCUCUAAUUUGGUUAAGUUUGGGACACCCCUUCUUUUUAUUGAGUGUCCUAUUUAGUUGAAACUAAGUGUAUGUAACAAUAGUCUUUUUCUUUUCUUUUUUGUAAUUUUCUCAAAUACCAGCUUACUAUGGCUGAUGUAUGCCAAAGUUCUAUGAAACUUGGUAAUGGUACAAAACUUCUCUGUUUUGGUUAAUGCAACUUUAACCUUUAUGGGGUAAUAUUAUGUCUUUUUUUUUAAAAUUGA